CCUGCUGGAGAGCGCUGGAUGGUUCCAGGUCUGAGGAAGUACUCGCGUCUCGUUUCUCUGGACACAAACUCAGUUCACCGACAUCUGCUUCUGUCUGACGACCAUCACACUGUGACUCAUGUGAAGGAGGAGCACGAAUAUCCAGAUCAUGACGACAGGUUCACAGACUGGGCUCAGGUCCUGAGCUGCACUGACCUGAGGGGGCGCUGUUACUGGCAGGUGGACUGGAGCGGGGGGGUUGACGUAGCACUGAGUUACAGAAAGAUCAGACGAAGAAGAGGAGGACGAGAGAGUGUGUUUGGAAACAACGAUCACUCCUGGAGUCUGGAGAUCUUAACUGAUGGAGAGUACUAUGUCCGUCACAACAGCAUCAUGACACGACUCCACCGCUCCUGUCACUCAGAGGAAGAGGGCGUGUCCUCUGGUGAAGGGGGCGUGUCCUCGGGCAGAGUGGGCGUGUUCCUGGACUCCGAGGCUGGAGCUCUGUCCUUCUAUCACGUCUCCUCCGAUGGAGAACUGUUCCACCUCUGGACCUUCUCCUCGUCCUUCUCUGAGCCUCUGUUUCCAGGGUUUACACUGUGGAAUGAAGGUUCCUCUGUGACUCUGGUGAACGAGACGAGAUAAAACAGAAGAGAAACUGGACUUGUCCCACGAUGAGGACGCAACAAUGAGAAGAAAAGAUCAAGAGAAAAAAGAACAAAACGGAGCUUCAGUGUCUGUCAGAAUAAUUCUAUUAUCCCAUAUUUGCUAAAUACUUGUGUGAUAUUCUAGGCCUAUGAGUUAACCAUUUAUGUACUACAAUUUUUUGAUUUAUAAUGUACCAAUCACUUGUAUGAAAAUGAAUAACCUCUGUGUGUUUGACAACUGUGUGCAGUGUCCUAUCGCUCUUGUGAACCUCGAGAUGAUUCCUCACAUGAAGCCAACUCCCACUGUCACACAUGCAAGAGUUAUGAUGGUGUCUGACCUAAGGCACCUCCUGAUUGUUAAUCAUGUUUUAUGUGUUUAUACUAUGCUUAGCUGCAUCAGUUUCUUAUUAUGUCUUUGCUGUUUCCCCUUCCCCUUGAGAAUUAUCGUUCUGUAACUAGGGCCUCCUAAUGAAAUAAAAAGAGGAGAACGGCCUUGAGUCAUCAGAACGUGUGGAGACUGUUGGUUUU